CACACACACAACAAGACAGACGUAAGCAAGGUAUAAAAGGUAGCUAGGUACAUGAUUCUGAGAAGACAGAUCGAUCACAUCUCGCAGGAAGUCAAGAACAAAGCCAUCAUGUUUUGGACAAGAUAUGCUGGAGCAAGUAUAUUAUUGCUAUUGAUGCUUAUUCAUCUUGGACAACUUUAUCCAAGAAAUGAUAUGAACUUUGGAUGUGAGGAGUGCAAACUCAAGGAGAACAACAUUUUCUCAAAACCUGGAGCUCCUGUCUAUCAGUGUAUGGGAUGCUGUUUUUCUAGGGCUUAUCCCACACCCCUGAGGUCCAAGAAAACCAUGCUUGUUCCAAAAAAUAUCACAUCAGAAGCUACAUGCUGUGUAGCCAAAGAAGUUAAACGGGUGCUUGUCAAUGAUGUAAGACUAGUGAACCACACAGACUGCCACUGCAGCACCUGCUACCAUCAUAAGUCUUAAAAAAAAAAAAAAAAAACCUUGUGACAUUCAAGAUUUGCUCGUGUUUGCCUAAAACUAGUUAUAUUCCCAUCUACUGGUCAUUUUAUGCCACUUAUUAGAGUUUUGUUAGCUGUCCAUAUUAACUUUUCUACCAUAAAAAUGUAUCUGUAAAUUGUCAAUGCUGGGUGUCUUUUCCAAAAGGUUGCCAUCAUUAUUGCAACCAACAUUAUAAAGCACAUAAUGUGAUAUUUUAUCCUUAAUAAAAUGCAAGAAAAAAUUACUGCACUAUUAGUUUAAGCCCUGUUUUCCUGGUAAUUGCUUACUUAUUUUGUCAUCUUAUCCAUAUAUUAAAUGAAAAAUAUGAUUGCUUGUGACAUGCUUUGCUUCUUCUUUUCUCCAUCACUU